CGGCUGCGAAAAUUGUAUUACGCCGAUAAAACGCCAGAAGCUCCGCUGCACAUUAAAAAUAAAGCUGCCAAGUUAAUUCAAAGAGUUUAUAGGCUGUAUAUGAAAGUAAAAAGGAAAAAUAAUGUUAAAAUCCAAGAAGACAUACUGAUCGGAUACAUAGCGGACCCGUUUAAGAAACGUUUGAGCUUGGAAGAGGAGAAUAACAAGAUUUACGAGCGACGUCGCAAAACAAGAAUGAAAUUACAAGAGACGUAUAAUAAAGAGAUGGAAAGAGAAAACAAGAGAUUGAUCCUGUUUAAGAAAAACAACCAGAUUGAUGACAUAACGGAUCAAAUAAAUGUGUGGUUUAAAGAGUGGUACUACGGUUACGGGUUCUUCCCGGAAUAUCCGUUCGAUAUCGAAGGCGGGACCAUGCUGGUGCUGCGCGGGGAAUACCCAACCGUAGAAGAGAAGAGGGAAGAAGAUGAAAAGAUAGAGGCGGCUACGAAAGGAAAGACACCGGAACAACUGAAAACGGAAAAAGAGCAAGCGAAGCUGGAUGCAGCAUUGAAGGCAGAAGCAGAGAAGGAACAGCAGAAGAGAGAAGCGGAACAGCUGUUCAAGUUGAGAUGUAACCCUUUUGCUGACAUUGGGUAUAAAGUAGAGAGCUCUGAACAUAUGGAGAGUUUGAUGCAGGCACUAAACAAGUACCGCGCGGCGUGGUCGAUAUAUGACAAGUUUCCCCCGCAUCAGUGCAGGGACAAUGUGUAUGGAUACAUCAAAUCCAUCAUGACUGACGACCUGAUGUGCCAGCUGCAUCAGGACUGCAGGGUCUACGUCGACGAGCUGAUGAGGGCGGACCAAAAGUUGUUGGUGAAAAUGCACCAAAUAAUGUACAAGAACGUGGGAUGGAAGUAUCCAAAACUGAACCAACGGAAGAAGCCCAAGCCUGCGUCGAUCCCUAAGCCAUUGAAUAUGGAUGAUACCAUGCUCCAGGGGUUUGAGGAACUAUUCGAUUUGGGUAUAAUAUCGAGACCGAAAGCCAAAAUAAAAGACAUUUACGGGGACUCGAACUACGCAGCUUACGACAUGAAUCUGAUGGACCCUUUUGCUAAAUUCCCUCCACCAGGCUACGGAGAUAUGAAAACCCGUCUAAUAUUGUCGUGUGUUUUUGCAUCUGGGAUACAGGCUGGGGCCAAGCGAAAUAAGUCCGUCUUGCUACUAGGUCCAGCGAGGAACGGGAAGUCGUUUCUGGUCGAUUGCGUCGCUGGGGAGUUGAACGCAAUAAAAAUAGACAUAACGCCAGAAGUAUUCAGCGCCGUGCUAGAGAAACCCGCUAAGGUUAUAAACCAAGUGUUCCAGGCUGCGAGGGUGUUUCAGCCCUGCGUCAUUUACAUGAGGAAUAUUGAGAGAAUGUUCUCGAAAAAGGCCUCACCGUUAGACAAAGUCUUGAACAUGAAGCCGCUGAAGACUGCUUUACCAAAACUGUUGAAGACUCUACCAAACGAAGAUAAAAUAAUUUUUAUUGCUACGUGUUCGAAUCCGUUUGAAACCCAGGCGAAGCCCAUGGUGUCCAUGUUUAACGAAAUGAUUCUAGUGCCGAACACAGAUUACGCAACAGUGCGGCAGUUUUUCUACGAGAAACUACAGAGAUGUUGA